UACCACUCAAACAUCUACCAAUAUCAAAAGCAAAAGAAAAUAUGGCAAAGUCUCUUCACAUUGCAAUGUUUGUAUCCAUAGUAAUGUUAUUCACGUCAAAUUCGAUUUCUUCCCAGGAAAUUGAUCAAUAUUCACAAGAGGCACCAGGAGAUGUGAAGAUAUCUCCCACAUCGGAUUUUGAUUUUUACGUCGAAUAUCCUGAUGAAUCUUCAUUUAAAGAAGCCGAUUCACCCGCACUGGAAGCUGAGAUGAAGUUUGAACAUCAUUAUACGGACAAACAGUUCAGUUUUCUUGAGGUUUGCGCUCAAAAGCUGAACUCAUCACACUGUGGAGAUGUUCUUUUCAAAAACAUGGUAGGUGAGGGAACGCCAGUAUUGUUAGCCGAAUGUUGUGCUGAGCUACUAAAGAUUGGAAAUGAUUGUUAUCUAGGAACGGCUCAAGUCAUUUUAUCGACUUACGAGUAUAGAAAUAUUGCGUCUAAGGCUAUUCCGAAAACCAAACAGACAUGGAAUGAUUGUGUUCGUCUAACUGAGAAUUGAAACUCAAAUUGGCAGUUUGAUCGUUAUUGAGGAAUGAAACUAAUUGAUAUUCCAUUGUGCUGAUGUUUUAUAUAUGCGAUUAUGUAACUCACGCUUUAUGACAUUUACCAUUAUAUAAAUAAAGUUAAAGAUCUUUUUACAGAUCUUAUAUUAGUAUAUCUGACUCGUUGGAAUAACAUGCAAGAAUCAACGUUCAACAUGGAUUGUAUUAUUUUUAGGUAUCUUUAAUGGAUAUAUAUUUCUAGGGUAUCAUAAAUAUCUUGACUCCUGGAAACGUAAUUACAUAUAUCUAUGAGCUCUCCGCUCCAAAUCACACAACCCGACCCACCAUUCUGGAUAUUCGUAUCUGCAAACCCGGUAAAGUUACUAAUGCACUUCUCCUUGCAUUCCUUCAACCCGAUUCUCCUAACAUUAUUCUACUAUAUGUGUUCCCAAACAACACAAUAAGUUAUUGUCAAUAACUAAUCUUAUGUCCAAAGUAAAUAAAACAUUAGGUCCAGUCUUUU